GGACAACACCGACAGCAAACUUACAGCAAACAAACGACAUUUAGUCAAUUAGCAGACUCACUUAUCCAGAGUAUUACUCCAGAAAUUGCAUAUUUUUCGGGCAAAAGGAAGCAACUUACAGACAUCGACAUCCAAGAAAUGUUUUUUAAUUCAGAUGAAGAGGAGGAGUACAACACCGAUGCAAGUAGCAGUGAUGACAGUGAUGGUGAGGGUCUGCCCCCAAACCUAGAGGACCUUGCAAACCCAGAGGCCGAAGGUCCCUCUAGUGAAGGUGAAAUGGAAAUGGGGGAUGAAGUGGAGGAGGUGAGUUCCACGAGCUGGUUGGCCGCCAGUGAUUUCACUCCCCCUGGACCCAGAGUUGUGUUUAAUGAAACACUGUCUGGGGUGCAGACCCCCCCCGAAGAUCCCACUGAGGCUCAGUGUUUCAAACUGUUCCUCACAGAAGAACUAGUCGAGGAGAUAGUGGAGGAAACAAACCGCUAUGCUUCAGUGCAGCAGGAGAUGAUGCCGUCCGGAGUAAAAGGCAAGAUUGCUAAAUGGGUGCGGACAACCGUGAAUGAGAUGUACUCAUUCUUGGUCGCUGUCCUCCUGAUGGGAAUUGUGAGAAAGUCGUCCCUCCGAGACUACUGGACCACAGAUCCCAUCCUCCUGACCCCCUUCUUCGCCACAAUUUUCUCCCAGGACCGUUUCCUGCUUCUCCUCCGUUGCUUGCACUUCGUCGACAGUGCAAGCGCUAACGUAAAUGAUCCCCUGCACAAGAUCCGAAAUGUGUUUAGUGCUCUCACCACUUCAUUCCAAAGGGUUUUUGUGCCACACAGAGACCUCUGUGUCGAUGAAUCCCUAAUGAAGUGGAAGGGUAGGCUGGCAUUUCGGCAGUACAUCCCAUCAAAAAGGCAUAGGUUUGGUGUCAAAUUCUUUGUCCUUUGUGAUGUGUUGACCGGUUACGUGCAGGACAUGAUCAUUUACACGGGAUCCACCACUGACAUCACCAACUUUCCAGGACUUGGGAUAUCUGGCUCGGUCGUGAUGACCUUACUUGCACCCCACCUAAAAAAGGGCCACGUCCUGUACAUCGACAACUGGUACAGCAGUCCAACAUUGUUCCAGCACCUCCUCUCCCGAGGAACGGGGGCCUGUGGGACCGUUCGUGCAGAUCGGAAGGGGAUGCCAGCCUUCAGCCCUAAAAUGAAGAAGGGUGAAGUGGAGUUUAAACAAAAUGGCAGUCAGUUGGCCGUUAAGUGGCAUGAUAAACGUGACGUUCAUAUGCUCACCACUGUUUAUUCAUCAGUGAUGUCAGCCACGGCAAGGAUUGAUCAUGCCACCGGGGAGAGGAAACUCAAGCCAGCUUGUGUUCUUGACUAUAACAAGAAGAUGGGGGCUGUGGACAAGGCGGACAUGGUGAACAGCUUUGUCGAAUGUGCCAGGAAGACUACCAAGUGGUAUAAGAAAGUCUUCUUUCACUUGGUAGACACUGCUGUUCUCAAUGGCGACAUCGUCCACCGUCAACAGUCUGGUGAGAGAAAUGCACAAUACAUUUCAAAUUACAUAAUUUCCUUACAAAGCUUUUAA